GGCUGCUUCUAAUUGCUACCUAUCUUAUAAUUUUGUCCUCUUUCCAGCAUUUUCAGCUUUUAAGGUUGCGAGUUUCUUCUAACCUAUGCUGAGAUAUGAUGGCUUGAAUUCUGAGUUUCAAGAAAAUUAAGAACAUAUAGGUUGGCAAUGUUUUGAGGCAAAAGACACUGGGAUUUUCAAUGGGUUUUAAGAGACGUCUUCAGAAUGAUUGUGAUGAGUGAUGAAGUUUUAGCCGCGGCAACACAGCUUAUGUUAAUGGCAAUUAUCCUAUCUGUGAUACUGUUAUUUGGGGGAAUUGUUGUGCUGGUCUUAAUACAUGUUUGUAUUGUUGGGAGGGCCUUUAGAAGAGGAUUCUCCAGUGGAACUAUGGUUGGGAGGGGCAGCGCUGGAAGCACAAGCAUGUCUAGAGAUGACUUGGACAAGCUUCCUUGCUAUGAGUACAGAGCCAAAGAAGAGAGAAGCAGCCCAGUAGUGGACUGUGCAGUUUGCUUGGAGAACUUCAAGAUGGGUGAUAAGUGCAGAUUGUUGCCCACAUGCAAGCACAGUUUUCAUGCCCAGUGUGUGGAUGCAUGGCUUCUGAAGACACCCAUCUGCCCAAUUUGUCGAACCAGUGCUGAAUCUUGGAAGGGGGGUUCAGUUUCAGGGGAAGGGAGCAGCCAUUUUAGUGAUCUCAGCGUUGAGUUGAGAGGGAUCAGCCAAACAACAGGAAGCAGCCACCUCAGUGAUAUUAGGAUUGAGUUGACAGAAAGCCCCAUAAUAGAAAGUUGCUGUGAGAGUGAUAUUGGGAUAGAGCUCAGAGAAAACCACACCCAUUUGAACGAUGCUGGAGUUGAAUCGGAAGAUAGCCAAGCAAAUACAGUUGGGAAUCAGCUGAGUUCUGAUCCCUCUCCUUUGCCUGAUGUAUGAGAUUUGCUUGUAUUCUUGGACAGAUUCAUUUAGAAGUUAUGAUCAAGUUAUGUUAUUUUCCCUCUUAAUUUUUAGAAUUUGAGUACACCUCUUUGCUUGUUUGGUAGAAUUUAGUUGAUGAGUGCUUGUUUUCUUUCAUGUUGCUGUCAGCUGUGAUAGCCUCGUUUCAGCUUAUUUGGGUUGAUAA